CUUUUACAACCAGGAACAAAGUUCUCCCCUGACUUAAGCCCGGGUGGCUUGUACUGCGGCUGGUACCCAUGUUCUGGCUCCCCCAGGGUCCCAGCCUCCCCGGAGUCCUGGCCUUGCAGCCCUCCCACCAUCCCACAGGCAUGCAGGGAGCCUGGGUGCUGCUUCUGCUGCUGGGCCUGAGGCCACAGCUGUCCCUUGGCAUCAUCCCAGUUGAGGAGGAGGACCCAGCCUUCUGGAACCGCCAGGCAGCCCAAGCCCUGGAUGCCGCUAAGAAACUGAAGCCCAUCCAGACGGCUGCUAAGAACCUCAUUCUCUUCUUGGGGGACGGGAUGGGGGUGCCCACGGUGACAGCCACUCGGAUCCUAAAGGGGCAAAUUAAUAACAAACUGGGACCCGAGACGCCCCUGGCCAUGGACCACUUUCCGUAUGUGGCUCUGUCCAAGACAUACAACGUGGACAGACAGGUGCCAGAUAGCGCAGGCACAGCCACAGCCUACCUGUGCGGGGUCAAGGCCAACUACCAGACCAUUGGACUGAGUGCAGCUGCCCGCUUUGACCAGUGCAACACAACACAGGGCAACGAGGUCAUCUCCGUGAUGUACCGGGCCAAGAAAGCAGGGAAGUCCGUGGGGGUGGUGACCACCACAAGAGUGCAGCACGCCUCACCAGCCGGCACCUACGCACACGUGGUCAACCGCAACUGGUACUCAGACGCGGACAUGCCCGCCAAGGCCCGGAAAGAGGGGUGCCAGGACAUCGCCCAGCAGCUCAUCUCCAACGUGGACAUUGAUGUGAUCCUGGGCGGAGGCCGAAAGUACAUGUUUCCCAAGGGGACCCCAGACCCUGAGUAUCCGAGUGACGCCACACAGAACGGAAUCAGGUUGGAUGGGCGCAACCUGGUGCAGGAGUGGCAGGCCAGGCACCAGGGUGCCCGGUACGUGUGGAACCGCCAGGCGCUCCUUCAGGCUUCCCAGGACCCCUCCGUAACACACAUCAUGGGCCUCUUUGAGCCAGGAGACACGAAAUACGAGGUCCACCGAAACCACACCCGGGACCCAUCCCUGAUGGAGAUGACGGAGGCGGCCCUGCACCUGCUGAGGAGGAACCCCCGGGGCUUCUACCUGUUUGUGGAGGGAGGCCGCAUCGACCACGGUCAUCACGACGGCAGGGCUUAUCUGGCACUGACGGAGGCCGUCAUGUUCGAUUCUGCCAUCGACAAGGCCAGCCAGCUCACGAGCGACAAGGACACUCUGACCCUUGUCACCGCUGACCACUCCCACGUCUUCUCUUUUGGUGGCUACACGCUUCGAGGCAGCUCCAUUUUCGGCCUAGCCCCCCGCAAAGCCCAUGACAACAAGACCUACACCUCCAUCCUGUACGGCAACGGGCCCGGCGGCUUCGCGCUCAAGGACGGCGCCCGGCCCAACGUCAGCGACAGCCAGAGCGGGGACCCCUCGUACCAGCAGCAGGCCGCGGUGCCCCUGCAGUCCGAGACCCACGGCGGCGAGGACGUGGCGGUGUUCGCGCGCGGCCCGCAGGCGCACCUGGUGCACGGCGUGCAGGAGCAGAGCUUCGUGGCGCACGUCAUGGCCUUCGCCGCCUGCCUGGAGCCCUACACCGACUGCGGCCUGCAGCCCUCUGCCGGCCCCAACGAUGCCGCGCCCCCGGGCCCCGCCGCCGGCCCGCCGUCGCUGCCCCUGCUGGCCGGGGCGCUGUUGCUGCUGCUGGCGGGCGCCGCGCCCUGACCGUGACCCGCCCCACCCGCCCCCGGGCGCCGCCGCACCCCGCCCCGGGCCCCCGGCCCCAGGCCCCGGCCCCCGAGCCCCCGCCGCGGGCCCCUCCCCCCAGACCUUCGCCUGCCGGCAAUAAACUCCUCUCGGCCCCGGGGCGCCUCGAUGGGGCGCCCCGGAGCCCGGGGUCGCGGCCUUCCUGGGCACCCACGGUGCCCCUGGGCUGUUCGCAACUCCGCCUCGACCUCCGUGUCAGGGUAAGGACUGGGCUCUCUGAGGGCCAGGUGCUGCCCGGCAGAUAGCCCUGCAUGAGGACCAGGGGGGCACCAUCCUAGAGGCGCCCCCCCCCCCCCCCGCGGGCCACAACUUUGCCCAGACCCCUCGCCACGCCUGCUUCUUCACUUCAGUCUUCACAGCACCAAGGAUUCAGGCACGUCGGGGCUCCCGGAAAAGGGUGGUUUCCUGUCACCCCGCACCUGGGCCUGCAGGCACCUUGCUGGCUGAGGAGGCUGCUGGGGCCAGGACACGGUACAGUCCUCCAGGGGCACCUCCUAGGGAGCCCAGCGGUCCUACUACACAGAGAGGAGAUGGUGACACAGAAUGGAGAGACUUGUCCCAAGUCACUUAGGUACUGAUGUUCACCCCCUCAGUGACCAUCCCAGACUGGGAGACCCAAGGAUCGGUGGAGGCAGGCGGCCCCAGAGCAACCCUUGCCGCCUCCAGGAGGCCAUCUGGGUGAUGGGCCUAGAUCUGUGAAGAGAUGAGAUCCCAUUUCCCCCGCCCGGGGGCCUCUAGUCUACUGACAGAGACAAAGCAAUAAUCAAAUAAACCGUUAUAAUACAGUA